AUGGACGACGAACGCUCAUUUACGGCCGAGAUUCCGAUUCGAUCUCGGGAGCUGCCUCGCCGUGAUCCAGCCCUUGCCACGCACGCCAAGAUGGAAGGGGUCAUUCAUUCACGAUUUGAGCAUCACUUCCGCUUGUCGCAGCCGCAAUAUCAACAGUCAAAGUGUCCCGAAGGCCUCAAGAUCAUAUCCGGCGCAUUUGAAAAGACAUUUCGCGACCGGUCGCCGACUGCUUCGACGAUAAGCUCGACACAUGUCCCGGACUCGGCAACCACGUGCUCCAUGCCCAUGUCUCCCACCUUGUCAACAUUCACGAGAGCGACCACCCCUGACAUCGACGGGCCAGAGCGCUUGCAUACUCCCUUUAUCGCAACAAGGUCCGGAACGAACGGCCAUCGGUAUCGGGAGUCGUGCGAUUCGGGUUCAACAUUCGUGGACUCUAUCAACGAAGAGAAAUUUCCGGCGUAUCCAGAAUCCAUCGGCAUGGGGUACAAGGACGACCCGCUCCAACACAUGGGCAUCGAUGAGGCGGAAGAUGACGGGCAGAAUGACAUGCAUCACACUGCGGGGACACCAAGACCACAGGCACGAGACGAUGCUCCCGAAUCGCCAUGUGAGGCACCCUUUCCUAUCCCUUCCCGGCCACUGAGCGAUCGAAUGAGCUUCGACUCUGGCUCCGAUCGUCUUUCGCGUGCGUGGGAACCAGCUACGCCAACACCGGUGGACUUUCCCGAUGAGGAGGCCGAUGCCGUCUUGGACUAUGUCCUCCAGGUGACGUACGGCGUUGAGCUUGACGAGGUUAACAUGCCGCCGUCAUUCCUUCGGCAAUUUGCCUCAAGGUUCAUGCAAGACAUCGGGAGAUUUGCGUUCUCAGGGUUUCCUGUCGCGACACAAUUAACACACACAACAUCAACCUCGUCCAAUGGUUCGAUGCCCCUAGCAAGGAGGUCGGGAUCUGACCGGGGGUCUCAAAAUGGUAAACGAAAGAAGGGCGAGACAGGCCGCCUGGAUGGAGGUGAUGACGGCGACGACCUGACUGAUGACGACGGCGACUCAAGUGUCCCUUUCAAAAGAGCGAGAGCAACACCUAGGGAGGUAGAUGAGAACCUGCGCCUUAGCUGUCCCUUUCGAAAGAGAAAUCCGCAUCGGUUUAACGUCAGGGAGUACCACUCAUGUGCGAUGACUUACUUCAAGUUCGCGGAAUUGCGGCAACACAUUGUCAAGCAGCACAAGCGCAAUGACUCAUCGUCUUUCAUGUGUGAUCGCUGCAACCGAGCCUUUCCUAGCAAGAGGGAACUGAGAGAUCACCAGCGUCUACCCAGAGAGCAGAUGUGUGAUGUCUCUGACCAUGAUCCAGAGUCAGGUAUCGAUGGUCCCACAAUGACGAAGCUUCUAAGCAGAAAGCGAGCAAGUGGAAUGACACCAGAAGAGCAGUGGAGGGAAAUCUGGAACCUCUUAUUUCCGGACGACGAUGACUACAGGGUUCAGCCCUUCGACUUCUGUCCCGUUAUUGAGCACUUUGAGUUACAAGCCCAGUUCAUGAACAGUCUUAAGGAUGUUGGAGAUCGCCUCCGGGACAAGGGUAUGACUCAACAGGCGCUGGAGACUAUCGGCAACAUUUAUCGCAACCAGUUCAUCCAAGUCAUCGAGCAGUGCAUCGCGGAUUCUCAAAUGAUGCCCUACUCCAACCGAAGUAACCGAAAGAACGGGCCGUCGCCUUCACGUUCUGUGGCUCCCCGGCACUUGGCCCGCAAUGCUCCCCGCCCAGACUCAGGUGUAGACGUUGAUGACGGCUCUGAGGACAGCCAGUCCAUCGCCAUUUUUCCCGGGGGCGUGUUUGACGGACAUGGUAUGCUGGCUCAAUCUGACAGUGUGAGGACCGUAAGACGGGUUUCGUCUACUUCUUCGGAGUUCAGGAACUCAGUGUUGCCACGGACGCUGCAGCCUUUGAUGGAGCAGCUGCCAGCCUCUGGGCAGGGCAUCGGAGGUUCUCCUUCUCCACGACAGAAGCUGUCGCCCGCGCAGCAACAGCAACAGCAAAUGCCGCAACAGCCGCUAAUGUCUGAUCAAAAUAUUGACCUCAUUCCCAUGAUGAGUGGAAUGACGCCUGAAAUGGCAGCACAGCUCUGGGCCUAUCGCGAUGUCCAUGUCGAAACAAGAUCAUCGGCAGGUGAGAUGAACAUGUAUCCUCCGGCAGUGGAUACUAAUGGGCAAAAUCAAUUCCUGGACUGGAAUUCGGGACUGCAGGAUAAUAAUGGGAUGUACAACUUUUCAGGAUAUAUGCCUCGCUAG